UUUCAGACAAGAUGAAGAAUCGUCGGGUGCAUCGUACGACUUUCUCCUGUUUCUGAUCUUUGGGCUCUAAUCAUAAAUCGUCUCAUUUCCCUUCUUGAGAUUUUUUUUUUUCUUAAAUUUUUUUUCCCCCUCCAUGUCACAUAGCGCAAGCAUCUCUUAGUUCACAAUGGAGAAUAUGUCGCAAUCAGCAUUCAAUGUCGAUCUUGUUAUCGUGGGUGGUGGCCCGACGGGCCUACUAUCUGCUGUCCUCGCACGAUCCCUAGGGCUCUCGGUGUAUAUCAUUGACGCCAAACAUGGCCCAUUAGAUCUCGGCCGCGCCGAUGCCCUAAAUGCCAGAACCCAGCAAUACCUCGAAGUAUCGAAAACAUUGUCCCUCCUAGAGCCCUUCGGCCUGAAAUGCAACACAAGCUCGACAUACGAAGCCGGUGAAUUCACCUCCCAGCAGAAUAAAUGGUGGACCUCCCUGAAACACACCCAUCGGCCCAACUUCCUCAUGAUCGGCCAGUCCCGUGUGGAAGAGGCCCUCCUUCACCAACUUGACAUUCCGGUCGACUAUAACUCGCGAGUCAAUGGCAUCCAGGAAACCAGUGCUGGUGUGGUGGUGACCACGGAUCAAGGAAGAACGGUAGUUGCCAAGUAUGCCAUUGCGGCGGAUGGCGCGCGCUCGUUUGUGCGCACCUCCCUUGGGAUUCCCUUUACGGGGACAAAGCCCGAGAUGGUCUGGGCUGUUUUAGAUACCUGGAUUGAAACCGAUUUCCCUGUUUGUCCUGAGAUUAUUACUUUCCAGAAGGAUGGACAGUCGCGAGUUGCGUGGAUUCCUAGAGAACGUGGUAUGAACCGUUUUUACAUUCUCCUCGAUGGAGAAAUCAAUCAGGAGAACGCUGAGGCCUCUAUCCGGGAGCAUAUGGCUCCGCACAAGGUGGAGUUCACGAAGACUGAGUGGUUCAGUACUUUUGAGAUCAAGGAAAGAGUCGCGAGUACCUUCAUUUCUAAGGAUGGAAAUGGUCGCAUCCUGCUCGCUGGCGAUGCAGCCCACGUCCACGCUGUCAAUGGCGGCCAGGGUCUGAAUACCGGGAUCGCGGAUGCAUUCAACCUCAUAUGGCGUAUCGCCUUUGUCACCCAGGGACACGGAGGCUCUGCCCUGCUGAAGAGCUAUGACGAAGAGCGACGCACCACUGCCAGCGGUGUGAUCGAUGUUGCCGCUAAGCUGGUGCGAACCACAGUUAAGACAGCUUUAGAGUAUGUCGAGAUCAUCGAAAAGAACGCGGGCUACAUCACAGGAAUGGGCGUUUCUUAUUCCCCAACUACUCCAUUAGUAGUGGACUCUAGCCAUGGCGACUUUGUCGCCGGCGAUCGCUGCCCUGAUUUAUGGGUCGCCAAGCUUCCUGCGACGCCAUCCCAUGCCCAAGUGGAGGAGCCGUCUCAGGUCCGAUUGUACGAGCUGUUCGGGUACGGGAAAUUCAAGGUGCUUGUGCUGGGAAACGAGAAGCCGGCCACGUUUCAGCAGGCAGUCGAGGUACAGCAAAAGGUGGAGGUAUGGCAUAUCCAUGACCAGGAGCACCGUCGCACUACUCUUCCCUAUGAGUUCCGCGCCGACUGGGUGAAGAGUGACGAAGGCGCGGUUGUAGUUGUAAGACCGGAUUUUGGCUUAGGAAUUAGGCCACUGCCAUGCAUUUGA